CCAAUAAACAUAGUUUACCAAAAUAGAUUACAGAAAAAACUGGAAAAAAAAGUAAGUAGCAGUGGAUUAUCUAUACAAAUGUUAUCAAUGGUCGUUGUUCUUACUUUAUAUAAACCCACCUCUUGCUUCCAUUUUCUGCAUCUCCUGUGUUGAGAUUUGUAGAAAGAAGAGAAAACCCACAAAGGCAGAAACCUUAAUUUUGUUUUCAUCUAUAUCCUUAAUUAUCAAUUCUUUCCUCAACCAGCAAGAGAUAUCAUCAUCAUCAUGUCAUGCCCAAAUGAAUCAAGCAGGGAGGACUCUCCACAGAGGAAAAAUGGAAGGGGAAAGAUUGAGAUCAAGCGGAUCGAGAACACAACCAAUCGCCAAGUCACCUUCUGCAAGAGGCGCAAUGGUUUGCUCAAAAAGGCCUAUGAAUUAUCUGUUCUUUGUGAUGCAGAAGUGGCUCUGAUUGUCUUCUCAACCCGCGGCCGCCUCUAUGAGUAUGCUAACAACAGCAGUGUUAAGGCUACAAUUAAUAGGUAUAAGAAGGCAUGCUCAGAUACCUCCAACAGUGGGUCUGUUUCAGAAGCUAAUGCUCAGUUCUACCAGCAAGAAUCUGCAAAACUUCGUGUGCAAAUUGGGAAUUUGCAGAAUUCAAACAGGCAAAUGAUUGGCGAGUCGCUGAGUUCUUUGAAUGCCAAGGAUCUCAAAAACUUGGAGGUUCGAUUAGAGAAGGGAAUUAGCAAAAUUCGAUCCAAAAAGACUGAGCUCUUAUUUGCAGAAAUUGAGUACAUGCAGAAGAGGGAAAUUGAUUUGCACAACAGUAACCAGCUUCUUCGAGCAAAGAUAGCAGAGAAUGAAAGAAACCAACAGAACAUGAAUCUGAUGCCAGGAGGGGCCAACUACGAGACCUUGCCAUCACAGUCCUUCGACUCUCGAAACUAUUUUCAAGUGAAUGCCUUGCAGCCUACAAAUCAUUAUCAACGCCAAGAUCAGAUGGCUCUUCAACUAGUGUAAAAUAAGCUUGAAGGAGCACAAGUAUUCUGUAUGGUUUCCUGUAGUAUUUCAUUGUAUAAAAGCUACAGGUAUGGUACAAAAAUACUGAAGAUAAAUCCUCUUUGAUUAAGAGAGAAUCAUUAGUACUCUCCGACCGCGUUGUAGCUUCUUAUGUUCAUGGUUAUCUUGUCUGAGGAGGGAUUUCUUGAUUAUAAUUUGUUUGUGUUGAAUCCUUGUGCUUAAGAUUAUCUGAUAGAUUAUCAUUGACAUAUGUAGUUUUAAUCAUUUGUAUGGCCCUAUAUAUUCUUCUA